UCCUCAAACUGGCUUUGAAUAGUACUAUUCAUGGACUAAAAAUAGUACUGUUCAGAGCUCAGAAAUUCAGAACGUUACAAGGAGGAUGGAAGAGAUCCAAAACUCAGACUCAAACUCUCUACUGGCUUUUUUGUUGGGAGAUCUAGUUCUUGCUUCUAGUCUUGAUUCCGAUAUUGAUUUACCAAUUGCUCUUUGUAAAGAUUCUAUCCAUAUUCCCAAAACUGUUAGUGAGGCAUUAUCCCAUCCCGGUUGGUGUGAUGCUAUGAGAGAGGAGAUGGAGGCUCUAGAGACUAAUGGUACAUGGUACUUGGUAUCUCUACCUAUCGGAAAGAAGGUUGUAGGUUGUAAAUGGGUGUUCACAGUAAAAGUGAAUCCCAAUGGAUCUGUGGCUUAGUUAAAAGCUCGUCUUGUGGCAAAAGGAUAUGCUCAGACCUAUGGAGUUGAUUACUCUGAUACUUUUUCACCUGUAGCUAAACUUGCUUCUGUUCGCUUGUUCAUUUCUUUAACAGCUAUAUAUGAUUGGCCCUUAUUCUAGUUGAAUAUCAAGAAUGCUUUUCUUUAUGGUAAUCUUCAAAAAGAGGUACAUAUGGAGCAACCACCUAGGUUUAUUGCUCAGGUGGAGUCGGGCAAAGUUGCAGGCUUCGCAAAUCUCUUUAUGAUUUGAAACAAAAUCCUCGAGCUUGGUUUGGAAGAUUUAUUGAUGUGGUACAAUAGUUUGGUAUGCAAAAGAGCAAUUCUAAUCAUUCUGUAUUUUUUAAGCAUUCUGAAAGUGGUCUAAUCUUACUUGUGGUAUAUGUUGAUGACAUUAUCAUUAUUGGAAAUGACUCUGCUGGCAUUUCAUCACUUAAGUCAUUUCUUCAAACUCAAUUUCAAACGAAAGAUUUGGGUUUGUUGAAUAUUUUUUGGGCAUUGAAGUUUCAAGAUGUAAGAAAGGCAUUUUCUUGUCUCAAAGAAAGUAUGUCCUUGAUUCAUUGGCAGAGACUGGAAAAUUAGGUGCUAAACCAUGUAGUGCACCAAUCACUCCUAAUGUUCAGCUUACAGCAGGAGAUAGUGAGCUAUUUGAUGAUCCUGAGAGGUAUAAGAGAUUGGUUGGAAAGCUAAAUUAUUUGAUAGUGACUCGUUCAGAUAUUUGCUUACUCUGUUAGUGUUGUGAGUCAGUUUAUGUCUUUCUCUACUAUUACUCAGUGGGAAGCUUUGGGACAGAUAUUGUGCUAUUUGAAAGGUGCUCCGAGUCAUGGUCUUUUGUAUAGUAAUAAUGGUCAUUUAAAUGUUAAGUGUUUUUCAGAUGUAGAUUGGGCAGAAUCAAAGAUUGACAGGAGAUCAACAAUAGGGUAUUAUGUUUUUGUUGGAGGAAACUUGGUGUUGUGGAAUAAGAAACAGAUUGUAGUUUCUCGUUCAAGUACUGAAUCAGAAUAUCGGGCUAUGACACAAUCAGUAUCUGAAGUAAUGUAGGUGCUUCAGUUACUGGAUGAGGUUAGUCUUAAUGUUCUAUUACUAGCAAAAUUAUGGUGUGAUAAUUAAGUAGCUCUCCAUAUUGCUUCUAAUCUUGUGUAUUAUGAGUGAAAUAAACAUAUCGAGAUUGACUGUCACUUUAUUCUAGAGAAGAUUCGACCGAAGGUUGUCUCAAUAGGGCAUGUCAAAACAGGAGAGCAAUUGGGAAAUAUUUUUACAAAAACUCUAAAUGAAGCUCGAGUUGACUACAUUUGUAGCAAGUUGAGCAUGAUUAACAUCAAUGCUCCAACUUUUAGGGGCGUG